AUGGUUACCGAGAUACGUUCGGAGCUUAGAUCUAUGAAAGCUAGAAAUGAUGAGCUAAUGACCUCCGUUCAAUUCUGCAGCGAUCAAAUAUCCGAUUUUGAAAAACUUAUUCAAAGAAAAGUGCAUGUGGGAUUAUAUUUUGUUAUUGGUAUUCAAUUACAUUGUUUCCAUAUUUUAACACAUUUGAAGGAAUCGUCAUCUAUCUUGAUAUCGGAAUCAAUUUAUGCCGCAGUUUGCGGCAUAAAUAUUUAUUACAAUUACAUAAUAACCUUUUUAAUCGAAAAACGUUCCUUAAAUUUAUUCGAAGAACUCCAGGAUUUUACGAAAUUCGGGGAACCACCGAUCGCUAAGAAACACAUGGGUAUCGUCGACAUUUUAAACAUUUUAAUAUGGAUUACUGAUAAAAUUGCGUUAUAUUGUACCGGAUAUCCGGUCCAAGUAAAAUAUUAUUUGUAUUCGGUCGAAGAAGGAUUUCUUCAUUAUUUACACGUAGGGAUUGCUUGGUAUGUUAUUACUUACUUAUUGGAGGUCGGAGCCUUAUCCGGGGCUGCUUGUUUUACUGCCUUUGAGUUGGUAAUUGUUAGGUUAGAACAUCUUAAAGAGAAAAUUGGAGAAAUUUUUGAGGUCGUUGCAGAAAAAGAAAGAAAAGCUCGACUUAGAAAUUGUAUUCGUUAUUAUAUUUACAUCGCACGAUUAGUUGAUCGAAUAAAUAUAUGUUACAACAAAUUUCUUGCUCCUUGCCAGGUCGCUUACAGCGUCAUCAUUGGAGUGUGCUUUUUGUCAAUUCUUAACAAUUGCGAAGUUAAACCAAUUAUGAAUGUGGUGGGUUGGAUUAUGGCGAUUUUUUUGAAUUGUCUUUGUGGUGAAAGAAUGAUAUUUAAAAGUGUUGAAAUCGCCACAGCUUUAUACGAUACGAAAUGGUACAAAGGGAGCCCUUCGAUUCGUAAGGAUAUCGCUUUUAUGAUGAUGCGCACGCAAAAACCGUUGUAUUUAAGAACUGGGCCGUACGGAAUUUUUUCGCUGCUUACUUUCAAAUCGAUUAUGAAAGGUGGUUACACUUAUGCCACAAUGAGAAAUCACUCGAAUUCAUAAAAAAUAGAUACAGGCGAAGACACUGAUGCUUUUCAUAUUAGUCAUAUACAGACUAAUAUAUAUGUCCCACGA